AUGGUCAAACAGUUAAAAAAACCCACUCAUGACGCUGGGGCAAUUUCAGGGACAAAGAGACCGUCGCGCCGUCCAAUCUUCCUUGUCCUUAUCACAAUAUUUUUCCGGUUGUCGUCCGCUUCCAAGCGUUCACCAGCCUUUAUUGGGAAACCAGACCUCGUUGGAGCAAAGAUCAUAGAUGUCCAAGCUGAAGAGGUUCACAGUUAUUCGGCUACCAGCCUGGGCCCAGGAACCAAUGAUGGAGGCCGAUAUACCAUUAACUUCUGCAACAUCACUGUCACACACACACAUCCAGGCUGGAACGACACAAUCAACACCCAGGCGCUGGGCGGUGGCGGGUACAGCACUGGAUUUGGUUCAAUCUAUCUCACAUACGCUGUCUCCAAAGGAUUCGCAUCUGCGUCUACCGAUGGAGAUGUUGCAGUGGGAGAAGGAGCCAUCCCAACAAACCUGUCAUGGGCGCUCAGCAACAAGGAGAACGUGAACUGGUUUCUCCUCGAGGACUACGCAUCCAAGGCGACAAACGACAUGGCUGUCAUUGGAAAGCAAGUGACCAAAUCAUACUACCAAGCAGCCCCCAGCUACUCGUACUUUUCUGGUUGCUCCGGUGGCGGACGCCAGGGUCUCAUUAUGGCACAAAACUACCCUGACGCUUUCGACGAUAUUAUGGCUAGUUCCCCCGCGAUCCAUUUGGAGGCUUUUAUACCCGCGGGAUUUUGGCCCGAACAACUCAUGAAUCAAAACGGUGUAUUCCCACCACCAUGCGAAGUCGAAGCCUUCACAGCAGCAGCAGUGAAAAGCUGUGAUCGGAUGGAUGGAGUUGAAGAUGGCAUAAUCAGCUCGCCGAACCUCUGCACCGUUCAGGCCCACGAUUUCGUCGGUCAAAACUACACCUGCAAUGGAACACAGGAGACCCUAUCCGCCGCAGGCGCCAGGAUUGUCCAAGCAGCUUGGCCAGGCUCCGGAAAGCACGGCUGGUUCGGGUUGAACAAGGACACAACGCUCAGUUCUUCCUCUAUUCCGACGGAAUGCAGGGCAAACGGCACUUGUUACUCCACCGGGAGCGAACUGUUCGGCAGCUGGAUUUCAUAUCUCAUCGCGAAAGAUCCGGACUUUGUGCUCGAAAACAUGACCAAUUCGAACUUCUUCGAUGGCCUGCGCUAUUCGACAUCUCACUAUGCACCGAUGCUGGCAGGGGCCAACCCCGACCUUUCAGGUUUCAAAACCAAUGGCGGCAAGAUGAUCGCCUGGCAUGGACUGGCCGAUGAGGUCAUCCCCCACAAAGGAUCAGAACAGUAUUAUGAGGAGGUAUUGGAAAAGGACGAGGCCUAUGAGUUUUUCCGCUUUUUCGAGGCACCUGGUGUUGGUCACUGCUACGGCGGGCUGGGUCCUGUUCCGAACGACGCACUCGCUCAACUAAUGGAAUGGGUUGAGAAGGACGUUUCACCUGAUACGCUGGCGGCUACAAAGGGCACUUUAUAGUAAUGCACUUCCGCGAUGGUCGGCGUAUAUAGACAGGAUAAUGUCUAGUAGGCCUGCUCACCCUCAGACUGUUAAAUGCUUCUUCCAUCUUCGAGACUUUUUGUGAUUUGAAAAAACUUUCGCUGGAUAUACCAGACAGCAAUAUGGGCAUAUUCUCUCCUCCUCAUUUGCUCUGGGUUAUAAUGACGAGUGGGGGAAAACAUGUUGACUUCCGUAUAACUAU